UAUCAAUGCUGUGACUGAUGCCGCGCUUAAUAAAACAAGUUGGCGCCUAGAUAAAUCUGAAUAAAUAAAUCAAAUUCAAAUCAAAAUGUCGAUCGAGAAUUUUCCGCGUGUGCACAGCUACAUUGCGAAUUUGUGCGCCUCGAAUAAAGAAUUGCAUAAUCUAUUCGCCCAAUUCGAGAAUGCGCUCAAGGAGAAGCUGGAACUUGGCGAAGCAAGAACAAAGCUGCAGAAGGAUAUGCAAAAUUUGCGCAUCGAUCUGAUGCUGGUGCGUCAAGCGGCCGUCCAGAUGCAGGAGGAACGCAAACAGUUCGACAAAUAUGCCAGCAUUUUAGAUGCCUCCUACGAGCAUCUACUCGAAAUGGGCAACCUGCUCAACGAUGAUAAAAUUAAGAAUAUGAUGCGCUUCGCCGGCUUAUGCAAACAGAACGAGGCGGAGGUGAAGCUGCAAAACAUGGAGCAGCUGCAAAAGUUCGACCGGGAGUGCAAAAUGGCCAUGGAGAAUCGUGCAAUUGUUAAGGAUUUUCGUAAAUGGCAGCGUUUGGUCCACGAAGCGGAAGAGCAAUAUGCGAGCAUUCAGCGCGAAUUCGCGCAAAUGGAUCGCCAGAGGAGCAUCAAGAUUAGGCGCGCCACACAGCAGCGCAACAAGAAGAUUGUCGCCUUGGUGCAGCUAAGCAAGCAAAUUGCCGAGCUUGAAACGCCCGUGAAUGAAGUCGACAAGAGAGCCGGAGCUAUGCGCGGCAAAAAGGCGCCGCUAGUCCUGCAGUCGGCAUUGGACUUUCUCAGCCACUAUCCAGAGGAGCGACGGGCCAAGGAGCAGGACAUGGACGUGUCGGCGGCGCCAACAUUGCGCUCCAUUUUGGUGGUAAAUCGCAGGCAGGAGGAGACGGAACGCACCUCGAGCCCCACCAAGCAAGUGCAUUUUGCACCGCUGCCAUCGCCAGUUCAUGGCAACGACAUGACCGAAAUGAUGAACGAUGCCGAAUUCGACAUGAUUGAACCAUGCUCAGAGUCAUCGGAGAUGGACUCAGAAAAUAUGCCCACCACGGACGAUUUGCCGGAACGCGCAAUUGUCCAGAAAGUAGAAAUGCUGCCGCGUCUGCAAUUUUCUGAUCUCAAUAUGGGCCUGAGCUUCAAGAACCUCUUCCCAUCGACUAGCACCAAGCCAGCUGAAGAUUGUGCUGUCGACCAGGAGACAGAAUAUGAACACAGCGACAAACAACUGACAUCCACAAUGCUGGCACAUGAGGAUAGCUCCGAUAUAAACGACUCCAAUUCUUUAGACUUUUCGAAUGUCAACUGCGACGUUAACGACGAUUUCUUUUUGAAUUUUAGCGACGGCAAUGAUUCGCAACCGACAACCAAUCGCCUCACCUAUGAGCUCUGAGAAGAAUUUUUCAAAUCUAUUCAAUUAUUUCACAUCUCUAUAAAUAAUCCGUACGAACUUAGCUUUUAGGAGUAUCAAUUAAAAGAGAAUGAAACAAGUUCUCUUAACAAUAAUUUGAUACAAAAGUAUUUAAGCCAGAAAUAUCAGCUUAAUUUAAUUUUCAUUUAUAUAUAAAUUUGAAAAACUUAAAAAUAAGAUAUAAUAUCGCUUUAAGUCAAAGACAAUAUUUAAAUCAUUGAAUCGAUUUAAUUUAUUUAUAUUCUAAUUGUUCUUGAGUCAAAAGUAUCUCAGGAUCAAAAUCAACUUAAACAUAUAUUUUUUAAAAUUUUUCGUUUCGAAUAUGUGAAUAUGUUUUAUUAAACUAAAAAUAAAACACA